AUGGUUACAGCAUAUGCCCAGGCAGGGCAUCUGCAGGAUUCUGAGGAUCUCUUUGCUCAGAUGCCUGACAAAGAUGCCGUGUCGUGGACGGCGAUGAUGGCAGCAUAUUCCCGGAACGGGCAUCCCACUCAAGCUCUACGAGUGUUCCGCCAGAUGGAUCUGGAAGGAAUCCACCCAACCGGUAUCACUUUCAUCACGGCUUUGGAUGCCUGCGCGAUGAUCCCAUCGCUAGCGCUCGGCCGGAUCAUUGCCGCCACCAUCUACUUUGUAGAGCCCAGGUUGGAGCCCGCGAUCCAGAGCUGCUUGCUCCAGCUCUACGGCAGAUGCGGCGCUCUGGGCGAUGCCAAGGCCGUGUUUGAUUCCAUGCGCGACCGCAACGUCGUGACUUGGAGCUCGAUCAUUGCCGCGAAUGCCCAGAAUGGACAGGGCCAUCGUGCACUGGAGCUUUUCUACUCGAUGCUCCUCGACGGUGUUCUUCCCGUGGAGAUCACGCUGAUCAGCGUUCUUCACGCCUGCUGCCACUCGGGACUCUCCGGGAACGCUCCGCAGUUUUUCCAGUCCAUUGCCUCGGAUUUCGAGCUGCAGCCCAUUGCGGACCACUUCGUUUGCGUGAUCGACGUGUUUGGGCGAUCCGGGGAGAUCGAAAAUGCCGCGGACUUGAUCGCGAGCAUGCCGUUUGAGCCCAAUGCGGUGGCGUGGACAAUUCUUUUGAAUGCUUGCAGGAUGCACAAGGAUGUGGAGAGGGCCAAGAGAAUCACCGACAGGAUCGUGAGGCUCGAUGGGUCGUGGCAGUAUGCUCUCCUCACGGGCAUUCACGCCGAUAACGAAAAGGUGGUAAAUUAA